UUUUAAUUUAUUUUUUCUUAUUAUUAUUAUUGACAAAAUUUAUUACACUUUGGCUUUACAUGACUACGAGAACUAUGACUCACAUAAUGACUCGAUGGAAGUGGAAAACCAAUACUCCAGCUAUGAGGUCGCCGAGAACAAAGAUCCCAACUACGGAGACUUUCUCGGGUCCCCAGAUCAGGACCCAUCUGACAAACGUCAGAGGAAACAGUUGGGGGCUCGUAAACAGUGGGAUGAUUAUGAAGAGUAUGCAGGUUCUGGAGGUCCCGGAGGUCCUAUAGGUCCGGGACCUAUGAUCCCUGAAGCAGCCAUGGGUCCAGGACCUGGCCCCGGUGGGGGAGGAUAUGGGCCUCCAGGCCCAGGGCGGUCAGGGUUUGGACCAGGUGGUCCCCCCGGAUACCGUCCUCCCGGACCUCCAGACUACAGGAAUGGUCCGCCUCUAGGGAUGGGACAAUAUGGCCCAGGGAAUGGACCAAACAUGGGAGGUCCUGGACCUGGAUAUGGACCAUAUCAGGGCGGACCACCAGGGCCAAGAUAUGGACCUGGUCCAGGCCAGAUGGGCCAAGGCGGUCCAGGUGGAGGCAUACCGGACUACGCUAAUGGACCAAUGGGGCCACGGGGUGGACCUAUGGGCCUUCCUCCAGGUGGACCUAUGGGUCCUAUGCAGGGUGGGCCAGUAGGUCCUAUGCAGGGUGGGCCAAUGGUGCCACCUCCAGGUCCAGAUUAUCAAAGAGUUCACCCUGAAAUAAGAUACAAUUACGGGGACCCUAAUAAUGACCCUAAUGGACCAAGUCCUCAGUUCAUACCGAGAAGUCCUCCAAAUAGACCUGGUAUGGCGAGACAAGGUCCAUCAUUUAACCCAGGAAACUAUGGACAACCUCCCGGGAGCAGUGGCCCAGGAUACGACUACGGAGAAGGGCCUACUCCAGACCACGGGUACACGCCAGGCGAACCUCAGUUACAGUAUACUGAUCUUUAUGGCCCCGACGCUAAUGGACAGAACAUUGGACCAGAAUACGGUCAAGGUGGACCACAAUAUGGUCCAGGUGGAUCUCAGUAUAAUCCAGGUGGACCGCAAUAUGGUCCAGGUGAACCACAGUAUGGUACAGAUGGACCACAGUAUGGUCCAGGUGGACCACAAUAUGGUCCAGGUGGACCACAAUAUGGUCCAGGUGGUCCCCAAUAUGGUCCAGGUGAACCACAAGAUCAAUCUAUCUACAGAGUUUCACCGCCAGGUUAUGGGCCGCCACCAGGAUUAGGAGGACAAUUCAACCAACAUUCUCCACCUGGUUACGGACCUGGUCCAGACCAUAACCAGCACAAAAACCCUGGAAAACCUGGUCCAAAGAACUACGGUUCCGGAGGACCUUAUGGCGGGAACCUUGCCAAUCCUUACACCACCCCGAAGAAACCUCCAGCCAGCAAGCGUGGUGCUAAGACCACGACAAAAGCUGUUGCCAGAAACAAAGCUGCGAAAAACGUGACGCAGUCUAAAAAGCCGAUCAAAGUCAAAGAGAAACCAACACCUCCCAAGCCUUUUACCACCACUGCCACCUCUGCCAGCAUAAAAUAUAAAACGACCACAGUGGACCCUGAUGUAACAGAAGAUCCAUUUGAGGAGUACAAAGAUUACGACCCUUUGGGGACCACUAAAGGUUUCGAAGGGAUGGACAGUAAAACUACAAGAGAAAGGCAGACCGAAACUCCAUCGACGAGGAGCGAAGCUGAAAGAUUGUCUAGUUUAGUAGAUUCGUUCGACCUCCACCCCAAGUUCGCGUUCAUCAAUGACUACCAUAAAAUGAAGAAAGAGAAGAAGCUCGGUAUAUUCACCAAUUUUGUGGUGCAUGUCAUGGACAUUCUGGCGAAGAAGGACAUAGAUUUCGUGGAUAGAAUUUUGAUGAGCUUCACGAAUGUUUAUGAGAAAUACUACAACAAUGGCGAGUUGUCGGCUCUAGGGGAGCCAGCUGGGCGAAUGGCUAUGGACUAUCUGUGGGAUAUAACCAUCCAUUAUCAAGAGGAUCCGAGGGAUGUAUUCAAAGUUCUUUUCACCGCAGUAAGCGACCGGAUGGCGUACUUGCCUGAUGAUGUGAACAUAUACCUCACCUUUCUCGACAGUCUGUUCACUCAUGAUGAUGAGCAGGAUAUUCUGGACGUGGUACACAGCCUGUAUGAGUACCCAAACAACCCAAAAAUGACGUGUGACAUUAUAACUGAGAACAUGAUAAAUAAAGUAUAUGUCCAUAAGGUGAAACAAUUAGCCGGGACUCCGAAGAUUAACAUAUUGACAGUGUCUCUUAACACUAUGCUUACUAACAGAUUCGGCGGCAACAUUAAAAUUACCACCCAGAAGGUGCCAAAGAAAUACAGAAGGAUGAACUAUGAAACAACGGUGCGCGUACGCACAACAUCAAACCCAAUAAUCUUACAAAACGCAACUUCAUUUAGUCUGUAUACUUAUUUAAAGAACAUAACUCUCCAUUCUAAUUUGACGUCAAACUCGACGUCAACGUCAAAUUCCAACGCCACAUCGAACUCUUCAUCGACACCAAACUCUGCAUUGACUUCAAACUCUACAUCAAAGUUAAACUCUACUUUGACCUCGAACUCUACGUCAACAUCAAACUCUUCAUCCAAUUCGACGUCCUGUACAUGGCCACAGCAGAAGCAGAUUUUAACAUCUGCGAUUAAUAAUACCGUUGAUAGACUGGGAAAUAAUUUCAAAUUCGUAUUAAAAGUUAAUAAUACAAGGAAAGAGCUUCUAGAAUCAAAUGGCGAUGAUUUUGAUGAAGGCUCUUCAAGUGGUUUGGAUUUAGCCGCAGCUUUAACGGGAACCAGAAGGCUAUUGGAACCAAGAAGAAGCAGGCACCAUAGAACGAAGCAACGCAGCCACCGCUACCGACCCCGCAACAGACACAAGCACACUCACCAACACAGGAACACACAAAAACAUCACAAACAUGAACACACGAAGUCUCAAAACCACGAGAGAAAACGCCCGAAUAUUCACAAGCAAGUAAGAGACAAGAUACAUAAAUAUGAGAAGUUGAUGGAGAGAUUAGAAAGAGGAACAAGAGAGGCCCACCUCAAACCUGAUCCAUAUAGUGUCAUAAGCAAAGAGGACCUAAGACACCAUCACAGGAAGAAGCACCACAGUAAACGCAGGCACAAACGUAGAAACAGACACCAUGGGAGAAAACACAGAAAUUGGAGAAGAGAAGUAAAAGGAGCUAAGUUAUCCAAACUUGAUCUUAGUGAGAGCGAAGACGCUAGUUCAGAACCAGAAAUGUUCGGAACAAAACGGUUUUCUGUCGUACCCAAGCAUGACAAACCGGACGAAACGCCGCCACCGAAACCAGCAGAACCACCGAAGGCUCAACGGUAUAAAUUCAUGAACCCAGCCCUGAGAAGACCCGCUAACCUUGGAAAAAAACCUGAGAAUCCUGAGAGUCUAAAGGAAGCAAAACGAGAAGGGAGUUACAAACAAGGAAUUUACGUCAAGCCUGUGAAACCUCCAGAUAAUAAGUCAAAUGAAGACAGUUUAUUAGACUUAGACAAUGAUGAUGAUGCGUCCGCAUCAGCUAGCACUUUUAACCAGAAGAAUGACGCGAGAAAAAUGGGUAUAAAACUCAAACGGCGUCGACGUCGCGCCGCAGGUUUUACAACAACAACUUCAGCGGAAAAAAUCCGAUAUCCUAUUGACGAAAAUCGUUAUAACGUUAUAAAAUUAAAUGAUCUGAAAGUUUCUAAAAAGACAAACGCUUCAGCGGCUUUGAAGUAUAUUAAAAGGAAUAUUCUGAGGAAGAUUAAGCAGCUGUCCAGAGGCUUGGUGGCGAAUUUUAAAAAGUUAGCAAAGAAUCUGUCAGUUCCUUCCAAUGAGAGUGAUGAGUAUCAGAUCGGAAAGUCUAAUAUGUUUAAAGCGUUGGGGAAUUUAAAUUAUUUAACGGAUAUAACUAAUUCGCCGGCUACGGUUUCAAUUACUCCUGUAAAUUUGUAUCCUGAUUAA